UGUACAUCGAUUAUGACUGUGGUGGCAAUUUACAUCAUUGACGCCGGGCCCGAACUUCUUUUAUGAGGUCACCAUGUGACUGUACUAGCCUAGUGAUUCAAGUAUGUAAUCGUCCAUCAGCAUAUAUGCGAGUCUUUUGAGUAUAUGUCAACACGAAUCGUGAUGCGACCGCGCCAGUGUGCACGCAUUAGACUUUCAAGCGCUCAAGAGCGCUCAAGGUUCAUCCAUUUGUGUCAAUCUUCCUGCGGUGUAACCGAUCUUCCUCGGAUCACAAGCGAACUACCGAUGUGUAAUUGAACCAAGCUAUUCCUCAUAUAAAAGACAAUAAUGUACUCACCCUCCUCCCAGCUGCCAGACCAACAUGCCCCUACUGAAUCGCUUGCUCAGUCUUGUUGUGCUCGGACUUUCUGCAGUUCCAUCCGUGCUAUCCUUCCAGCCGGGCUUUAACUACGGUUCCGAAAAAGUGCGAGGUGUUAAUCUUGGCGGCUGGCUUGUCCUAGAGCCUUGGAUCACCCCAAGUAUAUUCCAGAACACUGGCAACAGUGAUAUUGUUGAUGAGUGGACCUUCGGCGAGUAUCAGGACUAUAAUACUGCCUUAGCAGCCUUACAAAACCAUUGGAACUCUUGGAUCACCGAAGAUGACUUUGAAGCCAUCGCAGCAGCAGGCUUGAACCAUGUUCGUCUCCCCAUUGGUUACUGGGCAUUCGCGGUCGGUCCAGGAGAACCGUACAUAACUGGGCAGCUAGAUUAUUUGGACAAGGCCAUUACCUGGGCGUCAAACCAUAAUCUCAAGCUCAUCAUCGAUCUGCAUGGAGCCCCUGGCAGUCAGAACGGUUUUGAUAAUUCCGGUCAAAAAAUGUCGUACCCAACAUGGCAAAGUAACCAGACCAACGUCGAUAGGACAAAUGAUAUCAUCAAGACCAUUAUUUCUAUGGUCGAUUCGGAGUACGAAACAGUGCCUAUCAUUGCACCACUGAAUGAACCCGCAGGAUUUGACGGUGAUCAAAUGCUCUCAGUUGUGAAGCAAUAUUGGACAGAUUCGUAUCAGAGCAUUAGAUAUCCUUACGGUUCAUCCACAGAAAGUAAUACUGUUGAGCUCAUUCAUGACGCAUUCCAAAGUCUUAGUUAUUGGGAUGGCUUUAUGGUCGACGGAUAUGACGGCGUCGCAAUGGACACUCACAUCUACCAGAUGUUUACAUACGAGCAAGUUGCCUACAACUAUUCUCAGCACAUCAGCGAGGCGUGCAGUCAUGGGUCUAGCCUCGCCGACUUUGACAUGUGGAUAUUUGUUGGUGAAUGGACUCCUGCAUCGACAGACUGCGCGACAUGGUUGAACGGUCGCAACACUGGAGCACGCUAUGACGGAACCCUGUCAGGCACAACCGCGGACGGCAGCUGUACGGGCAAAACAGGCGAUGCGACGAACUUCAGCACAGAAUACAAGCAAUUCAUGCGUCAAUACUGGGAAGCUCAGGUCAUCUCCUACGAGAAAGGCAGUGGAUGGAUUCAAUGGACCUGGAAGGCUGAGAAUGCGGAUGAUUGGAGUUACCAGGCCGGGUUGCAGUAUGGAUGGAUACCACAAGACCCAACUAACUUGGAGUACCCGAACAUUUGUGGUUGAACAAUGGCAGCAAUGCCAAACAUUUUAUUAGCAUUACAGCGGACUCAUGGUAGCAACUUACAUAGACCAGCAUAUACCCGUACUUUGUCUUGUUUAAUCGAUCCAUGCAUAUGGAAGCGGAGAAAACUUUGCCACA